AUGUCCACUCCUAUCAUCCAAACACCUAUCGCCGACCGGCUUUCUGGCCAAGUCGCACUCAUAACCGGCGCCGCUGGGAAUAUCGGUCUUGCAACUGCCUCGCGUUUCCUCCAAGAAGGCGCGAAAGUCGCGUUGGUAGACAUCAGUCCCGCUGGUUUGGAACAAGCGCUGUCGACACUUACGAAAUUGGAUCUUCCAAAAGAUGUGACGCCUGAAUCGCAUAUUCUGUGUAUCCAAGCCGAUGUCACGAGUGCGGACGGUGUGCAGAAGUAUGUUAACGAAACGGUAAAAGCUUGGGGUAGACUCGAUACAGCAUUUCUCUGUGCUGGGUUCUCGUAUAGUUCGACAAGUAUUUUCGAUACAACUGAAGAGACUUGGGACAAGGUAAUGAAGAUAAACACCAGAUCUGCAUUUCUAGGUAUCAAAUAUGUCGCGACGGCCAUGCGUGAACUGAAGACUGGCGGAAGCAUAAUUCUCGCCUCUUCCAUUGCUGGAUUAAGGGCAACACCAGGUUUAUCUGCAUACAGCUCAGCAAAAUACGCACUUCGUGGACUUUGUCAGACGACAGCUGCGGAGCUGGGUCAGUAUGGCAUUCGCGUGAAUACUAUCCACCCGUGUGGAGUGAACACGCCCAUGUUCCAGGCGACAUGGAGCCCUGAAAAGAUGGCUGAUCUGCUGUCACGAGUGCCGUUGGGGAGAUGGGCGAAUGUCGAGGACGUGGCGGCUGUGGUUGCUUUCUUAGCGAGUAAAGACGCAUGCUUUCUGAGCGGUGUCGCGUUGAAGAUUGAUGGAGGGGCUGUCACUUUCUAA